GGGAAAAGAAGAAGAAGAGAUUUGAGUGGGUGAGAUUGUUUGUGAGAUAGAGAGAGAAACACAUCUUCAACUUGUGUAGUAGUAGUGUGUUUAUAUAUUACAGUAAGCGUUGCUAAACAAACGUCUGGGGUCUUUUCUUUUCCUCCUAUUUCUUAUUCUCCGUAUCAACUUGUCUGUAAAGGGAAAGCAUUCAUCUUUACAAGUUUGAUCCAUUAUCAAAAUCUGGGGUUCUCUGGAUUUUGAUUCUUCUAAGUGAAGAAACAGAGUAGACAAAAACAAAAAAAAAGUUGAGAUUUUUUUUUCCAUCUCUGUGUGUGUCAAGAACUUGAGUUAUGUAUGCAGCAGUGUUAUGGGUUGCUGCUUCUUUUCCUAAUCCAGACCCAAUGACCAAUUGUGGUUUGGUAAGAGUUCUAGAAUCUUCUAGAUUUCUUUCUCCUUGUCUAAAUCAGAGAGUCAACAAUGGUAGGAGGAGUUCUUCUUCUUCUGUAAUGAGCUGCAGAAGGAGAAGAUUAAGCAGUGUUGUGUCGUCAAGCAUAGUAGCAAGCCCUGCAGGAGAGAUAACCCUCUCAUCCGAAGAGAAGGUUUACAAUGUUGUGCUGAAACAAGCAGCUCUGGUGAACAAACAACUUAGGGACCUUGAUGAUGAUGUGAAGAAACCACAGGAUAUUACUCUCCCUGGGACUGGGAGUUUUGGGACUGGGAGUUUGAGUUUGUUGGGUGAAGCUUAUGAUCGAUGCGGUGAAGUUUGUGCUGAAUAUGCUAAAACUUUUUAUCUCGGAACUUUGCUUAUGACACCUGAGAGACGCAAGGCCAUUUGGGCUAUCUAUGUUUGGUGUAGAAGAACUGAUGAACUGGUAGAUGGGCCUAAUGCAUCACACAUAACUCCAAUGGCGUUAGAUAGAUGGGAAGCAAGGUUAGAAGAUCUUUUCCGUGGCCGUCCUUUCGAUAUGCUUGACGCUGCCCUCUCUGAUACUGUUGCUACAUACCCUGUCGAUAUUCAGCCAUUUAGAGACAUGAUAGAAGGAAUGAGAAUGGAUUUGAGGAAGUCUAGAUACAACUCCUUUGAUGAUCUCUACCUUUACUGCUACUAUGUUGCUGGAACCGUUGGUUUGAUGAGCGUUCCGGUUAUGGGGAUCGAUCCUAAGUCCAAAGCAACAACCGAGAGUGUUUACAACGCUGCCUUGGCCCUCGGUAUAGCCAAUCAACUUACCAACAUACUCAGAGACGUUGGUGAAGAUGCGAGAAGAGGAAGGGUUUAUCUACCCCAAGAUGAACUAGCUCAGGCUGGUCUCUCAGAUGAAGACAUAUUCGCUGGUAAAGUCACUGAUAAAUGGAGAAACUUCAUGAAAAUGCAGCUUAAGCGAGCAAGAAUGUUCUUUGAUGAAGCUGAGAAAGGUGUUACCGAGCUUGACGCUGCUAGCAGAUGGCCCGUAUGGGCAUCGCUCCUAUUGUACAGGAGGAUAUUGGACGAGAUUGAAGCGAAUGAUUACAACAACUUUACAAAGAGAGCUUAUGUGGGGAAAGCCAAAAAAAUUGCAGCUUUGCCAUUAGCUUAUGCUAAAUCACUACUCAAGGCUUCAAGUUCAAGAUGAAAUGAGAGAAGCAAGAAGAACCAAUCUAAGAGGGUUUUGUGAUAAAAAAGUAAAAAAUAGGGUCGAAUUAAUAAUGUUAACUAAUAUUUGCAUAUAAUGGGGAAAAUAAAUUCUUAUGGUGUUUAAUUAUUUUUUUCCGUGUAAAAAAGUAAAUUUCUUUUCUUUUAUUUCUCUUGGCUAGUGAGUAAUGAAGUAGGAAUAUUUUGGUUUGGUUGGAUAUGUAGUUUUGUGAUUCCUAUUAAAGAUGAAUUAAAAUGGGGUUUGUCUCA